AUGUCUGAAAAUUUCGAAGGAGUCGCUACAAUACUCCCUUCCCACUAUAAACUGGACGGUGAUAAACUUGAAAUAACACUUGUUGAUGGCAUGUCUGCUACGGCUGAAAAUUUCGAAGAACUCGCGAAAAUUCUCCCUUCCUAUUGUAAAUUGGACCUAAUCAAUAGUAAAUUUGCAAUAAUGCCCGUUAACUCUCGAAUUGGGCAAAAAGAAGCUAAACUAAUAUAUGAAGCGUAUCCGCCGAUCGCUCCAAAUUUUGUUGCAGAGAUACGUUCAAAUAGAGAUACUGCAGAAGCUGUUCACGAAAAAAUGUGUUUGUAUAUGGAUGCGGGGGUUGAA